AUUCAAUUUCUUUUCCGUGUGCUCAUUUUGACAACACACAUGUGUUUAUUAAAAUACAAAGCAAACUAAAUAAUAUUUUAUCAUGGCUAAAUCAUUACGCAGUAGAUGGAAGCGAAAAUGCCGAGCAAUAAAGCGAGAACGAUAUGCAGUAAAAGAGUUGACUCGAUUAAAGAAAAUGCUUGGUUUAAAAGAAGACAAAGUGACUGAAAAUGAGGUUAUGGAAUCUGACCAAGUUAUAUUCUUGGACGCAAAUCAAAUCAAUAAAAAGAAAAAAGAAGCCGAGCCUGAAGAAGACGUAGAGAUGAGUUCUGAUGAAGAAAAUGUCGAAAUUACGGACACUAAAGGAGCGAGGGUAUUUAAUUCGAAAACAUUGAAAGACCAAAAUGGACAAUACCCAGUUUGGUUACACAAAAGGAAGAUUGCGAAGCUGUCAAAUAAUAAGAAAAAGUUGAAAAGAAAACCUAAACGCAAACGGUAUAUUAAUAAACGUAAAUAAAGUCAA